AUGCCUACAGCUCUUCGUCAUUAUGCUGCUCAGUGCUCUCCCGCCACUCAGCUCCCUGUUGAGCUCUGGGACAUCAUUUUCGAUAUGAGCAGGGAAUCUCUGACCUUGCCCAGCUUGGCUCAUUCCCCGUUGAAUGUCUCUCAAGUUUGUCGUCGUUGGCGGACGACUGCACUCCUUCACUCGGCAUUGUGGUCCACUCUGGCUGUCGUGGUUACUCAGCGGCAUGAGUCGUCGGUGGAUGCGCUACUUGUACUCGUCCACGUGUGGCUCCAACGCGCCGGUCGUCGUCUGCUCGACAUAUCGUUAGCGCAGCUGAAUUCGGUCCACACCGCCAACUCGCUGGGCUCAUUACUUCAAGUCGUGUUGGGGCAUUCUGACCGCCUGCAUAGUCUGGAAAUCAAUAGUCCAGAGGCAUCCCUCCUUUCACUCGAAAUGCGACAACUCUCGUUUCCAGUACUGGAACAUCUCAAAAUCAACACACCUUGGCCUACACUCGCCACCCCAGACCUUGUCGUCGCUUUGAAUGAUGCUCGGUGCCUGAAAACCUUUACCGCUCGCCACACUUUCUUCGAUGUCGGGAAAAUCGGCGGCUUGGCUUACAAUGAGCUCACCGAACUCACCCUCCUCCCCCACUCCAACGCGCCUGGGGCAAUAUUUUGGAGCAGCGAUGACGCCUUGGACUUGCUCUCCAGCGCAGCACAUCUUAUUAAGCUCCGUUUGGCUUUCAAUGACACUCUUCCUCGCCGCCGUUCUAUGGCGCACGCACCCGCUCUACGCUCACUAUCACUCAAGUUCCGCGACUCAGAAACACCGCAACGGUCUAUCAGGGUUGGGGCUUUCUUCAAUCUGCUCGACACCCCAAAUCUACUCCACCUAUCCCUUCGUGACCAUGGCGCCAUGAUGUGGCCCAUCAGCACUUGGCCUCAGACGCCAUUUCUCUCGUAUCUCGGCGCCACGCAGCUCCGCUCCCUGCAUCUCGCCAAUCUGCCGCUAUUUGAAACGCAGGUGAUCGAGUGUCUCCAACGAGUGCCAAAUGUGGUCGAGCUUGUACUCGAGGCACCUCCCAAUCGGGGGUCGCAACGCAACGUCGGCGAUCUUCUCUUGAGAGCUCUCACCAACCAACCCCAACCAAUCGCGUCAGCUCUUCGAACUGUCGAGUUCCGCCAUUGCGGAAAGCGCUGCACGGAGGAGGCACUCAUCUCUAUGGUCGACUCGCGCGCAUUGGAGUAUUUGAGGGUCCAUCGCUCGGCUUUGCCCAGCCCAGAGCUUGUGCAGCGCGUAGCAAAUUGGAAUACGGUCGUCGAUGUUGUCUACUGA